CUCACCUCUCUGACGGUGGUCUCAAACCCAAAUACAUAAGGUGCAUUGAGAAUGGAUCUGCUGGUGCCCACCAGGAUAAAGAUGACGUGAUGUACACUGCAGACGUCUCGGAGAGCUGGACUUCUGAGCAGCCGCGUGUUUUGGAGCCCAGGAGACGAGACGUCUUGACGGUGACGCCCUGGCUGGCACCUAUCAUCUGGGAAGGGACCUUCAACCCGGAGGUGAUCGACAGGAUCUACAGGAACGUAAAUCUGAAGAUCGGGGUCACCGUCUUCGCUGUUGGAAAGUACAUCAGGUUCCUCCAUGGCUUCCUGGAGACGGCCGAGAAGCACCUGCUGCAGGGGUACCAGGUCCACUACUACGUCUUCACGGACAGGCCCAGCGACGUGCCCCAGGUGGAGCUGGUGCCGGGCAGAGCCCUCACUGCCAUUCAGGUGACCAAGUACGCCCGCUGGCAGGAGAUCUCCCUCAGGAGGAUGGAGAUCAUCAAGCACACAAUCAAGGAUCGGCUCCUGCAGGAGGUGGACUUCCUCUACUGCCUCGACGUGGACAUGCUCUUCCACCACCACUGGGGGGCAGAGGUCCUCAGCAGCCUCGUUGCCGCCAUCCACCCGGGCUAUUACAAGGUGCACCGCAGCGACUUCCCGUAUGAGCGCCGCGCCACCUCAACUGCUUACGUCCCCAUAGACCAGGGUGACUUCUACUACGCGGGUGCCAUGUUUGGGGGGUACGUGGAAAACGUCCUCAGGCUGACGGAAGCCUGCCACGCGGCCCUGCUUACCGACAAGCUCAACGCUAUCGAAGCGGCCUGGCAAGAGGAGAGCCACCUGAACCGAUACCUGCUGGACCGCAAGCCCAAAGUGCUGUCCCCAGAGUACCUGUGGGAUGACACCAAGCAGCAGCCCCCCGAACUCAAGGUCAUCCGAUUCUCGACAGUCGUUAAGAACUACGCUGAAGUCCGGGACAUCUAGAGGGGUACGGGGCCAACAACCUUCACUUGAAUGUCCAACGCCAAAUAUUGACCACCGCUUCAGCGGGCA